UUCUCUCUGUUUUACAAAAGUAAAUUGAAUCUAGCUAUCGCAUACACGAGCAAAUGUCAAAAUAUAAAAACAAAGUUGAAAAUUGUUAUAAAUCGAUGACGAAUUAUUAUAAUAGUAGGUAGAGCGUGUACAAUUAACAAUAUUUUAAUUAAUAAAAUAAGGAUUAAAAAUAGCGCUGUAUAGUUACAAACGAGGAUGAAUAACCCAGCAAUGAAUUCGGCAACCCCAGGUGUGCCGCAGGUGCCGCUGCUAGACGACGACACCCUCGCCUUCGGGGAAGAAGAUAAUGCUAAUAAGCAGUUUGUGCACCCAUACAUAGUUUUCUUCCACUUGGUAUUCCGAUGCUCUGCCAUAGUGGUGUACAUGCUGUGUGGCUGGUUCUCCGACUCCUUCAUUGCCAGCUUUGUGUUAGUUGUCCUGCUGCUGUCCGCAGACUUCUGGACUGUCAAGAAUAUCAGUGGACGCCUAUUAGUUGGGUUGCGAUGGUGGAACUAUGUAGAUGACGAUGGCAAAUCCCAUUGGGUGUUUGAGACAAAACAGGUAAAUAAUCGAGUGAACCAGAAUGAGAGCCGACUAUUCUGGAUGGGGCUGAUCCUGUGCCCAGCCAUCUGGUCAACUUUCUUCAUCUUCUGUUUGUUUGGACUCAAAUUCAAAUGGAUGCUGCUAGUCCUCAUCGCACUAACCUUGACGGGGGCCAACCUGUAUGGCUACAUCAAGUGCAAGUUCGGAGCCAAGGAGAACCUCAAGUCUGCCACCACGGAGUUUGUGAAGAAGCAAAUAUUCCAGAACGCGAGCACCUUCAUGUUCUCACAGCCAGCUCCCCCUACUACUGGCAACACGGGGGUAGUGUAAUAUACGUUAUUAAUGUUAUUUAGUUCCAAUAGACCUGUGCACAAUGGUAUAAUCGCACGUCCUAUUUGAAAUGACUACAGUUGAUUUUCAUUGUAUUUAGAUGAAAAUGUAUUUUGAUAAAUUAAAAGGCAUUUAGAUAAACUAAAACUGAUUUAAUUUGGUUAGUUACAAUUUUUAAAAAUCAUCAAUAACUUUGCAUACGGAAAAGUAAGCAUAGUAACAGUUUCUCAAAGAAUGUGCGAUAUGGAGUAUUUGAAAAAGAUAUGUUCAGUAUGUUUACACAUGUGAUGUGGAUGAUUUGUUAGAGUACAUGUGUGCUAAUAUCAGUUGCUUGAUGUGAACAAGCCUUUAUUUAGCCAUUAGAAGUAACUAGUUAUUUGUUUACAAUAUAACACUGCAUUCUUAUGACAACACCUAUCCUAUACAUACAAAUCGUCAAUGCAACUAUUGUGGUUGGAAACCAUUAAUUUUAAUUAUGUGGAUAGUCGAUAUCUAUCUAUACGAUUCGCCAACAUUAUCGUUCUUUUACUGACUUUUUUACUUCUUAAAUUUCAAGUUUAUUCUUACAGUCAACACAGUUCAGACAGUUUAUUUUUUGCCAGAAAUCAUUGUGUGCAGUCUUAGUACUUAUUCUAUUUAUAGUUGUAAUAAAAUUAUAUAAUAGAUAAAUAUGUAAUAUAAAUAUAACUUUGUGAUUGUGAUAUGAUUUUCAUAACAAUGUUGGCAGUUCCUUGAGUGUAUUUAAUUUAUUUUUUUAAUCAGAUCUUCUGUCCAGAAUAAUGACUAUACAUUUUAUAUUACAUUGUCAUAUUAACACGUAUUUAAAAAUAUAACACUAAUACAUUUUCAGUCUAUCUAUUUGUUAAAUAAAUUUUAUUUCACAAUUACAUACAAUUAUUUUAAUAACAUGUAUUUUGCUAUUCAUAAAAUGAAAAUCGAGUUGCAGAUUCUUCAUUAACGUAUUUAAAUUAGACUAUAAUUUAUUGACAUUUUAAGUUUAAGGUAAUUAUCUUACCUUUAGAUAAUGUCUGUAAUAUAAGCUAUUUAUAAUUUGAAAAAUAAAAGAGAAAACUUUUCAAGAUGUUUCAUAUUAUUGAUCAACUAAACCUUAAUUCUAGUUUUCCAGUGUGUUAUCAAUACAACAAUCUAUUGAAUUAAUAAAUGCGCGUAUGUUUCAACGACCAGAUGUUUGCUUGUUUUAUUGAUUGCUUAUAAAAGCCAUAUUUUAUGAAUAUUGACGUCCAACAAUACAAGAACCCCAUAUUUUUUACAACAAUACAUGUUGUUUAGUGUUGAAGACUAAUUAGGUUUAUAAAUGAAAAAAAAAACAGCUUAUCAAUGCACACUGCACCUAUAGUUUAUUAUUAUGUUGAAUGCAGUGCAAAUAGAUGUUAUCUAGCUUUGCAGAAUUCAACUGAUAAAACUAUGUAAAAAGAGUUUGUUACAACAAGUACUAAUAUACCUAUAAAUGGUUUGCUUUUACAAAACAACAGUAAUUAACAGUAAAAAUAAGUACCUUAGGUAGGUACUUAUUUUUACAUAAGUUUUAAUGCCUCUAGAAAUUAUGAAUACAAUAGAAAAACAUUAACCUAUAAAGAUAAAUUAUUCUUCAUGAAGGUUUGUUUAUUUAUUUGUCACCGUCUCACCACAUUCUGUAUAUAAUGUAGUUAUUUUAAGAUAAUAAACUAUGGUAAAUAUGC